GAAUUAAAUUCCAUACUCAACUGAUAUUAAAUUAUACACAAUAAAUAAAUAAUCAAAUAAAAAAAGUGAAGGAUAAAAGAAGAAUACAAUUUUUCACCGGAUCAUUUUCAUAAGAAACAUAACCUAGUUAGUAGACCAUCAAUUGCCGAGUGACGUCGUCCUUUCUGUUACAAAUAUUUAGUUUCUGAUUUUAUUUUUUAAUUAAUAAAAAAUAAUUCAAUUGGAAAUUUAAUUAACACUUCAAUUGUAAAUAAGAAAUUAAAGAAAAGCACUGUCAUUUGUUAUAUUUUUCUUAUAGUAAAAAUUAAAAGAUGUAUAACAUAUUGGAAUGAUGAAAUUUUUAGUAUUUUUAUAAAUACAAAAAAAAGUAAUGUGAAUUUAAGUGAACAUAUAUUGUUUUAAAUUAUAUAUUAUUCUAUAUGGCGACAAGAAUUUGGUUGCGUCUCAAUGAUGCAACAAAUAAAUGUUUUUUUAACAAUGUACAGUAUCGUAGGCCGAAUAUUCAACUAUGCAGAUCAUUUAAACCUGUUAGAAAUUUCAAAUUUAGAGAAGUGGAAAAAGAGGCGCCGGUAGAAUUUAAUAAUAAUGGACCGGUAUCUUACCGAUUUUGGAAAACUUUUGGUUUCACUAUGAUGUUUAGCGGAACUUGCAUAGUAGGAGCAACAAUUUGGGAAUAUGAGAACAUUCGUCGAAAGACCUAUAAUAUAAUUAAUUUUAUGAAACAUCGUCAAGUUCCUAAACGAGGUUUUAGAGCACAGGCCGAACAAUGGUGGAGAAGUUUGAGUCCUGGUGAAAAAAUUUUCAUACCUAUUUGCUUUUUAAAUGUUCUCGUUUAUCUCGCAUGGAAAGUUCCAUCAUUUCGUAAAACCAUGGGACUUUAUUUUACUGCCAGUCCUGUUUCCAGUAAAGUGGGCCUUCCAUUAUUAUUGUCAACAUUUUCCCAUGAUUAUUUUCUUCAUUUAGCUGUAAAUAUGUAUGUUCUUCAUAAUCUCUGUGAAUUUUCUGUUCAAUCACUUGGUACAGAGCAAUUUAUGGCAAUGUAUUUAAUUAGUGGAGUUUUUGGAAGUUUUUUGAGUCAUUUAUAUAAAGCAACAUUGUGGCGAACAACUGCAUCAUUGGGAUCUUCUGCUGCCGUUAUGGGUGUACUUGCAUACACUUGUAGUCAAUUUCCUUCAUUACAAUUCAGUUUAAUUUUCCUUCCUAUGUUUAAAUUUACAUCAAGUCAGGCAAUUCAAGGAGUAAUUGCUCUAGAUUUAAUUGGCGCUAUUAUGAGAUGGAGGUUUAUUGAUCACGCAGCGCAUCUUGGAGGAGCAUUCAUUGGAAUAUUAUGGGCAAAGUGGAUUAAUGAAAAUAUUUGGUUACAACGUAAACCUCUUUUAACAAUGUGGCAUAAAUUCCGAGAACCACCACGAUCUAAUUAAAGAGAUAAAAAAAAAAUUAAAACUUUCGUUACUAUGGAAAAAUUCUAAUAGAAUUUUUUUUUGUUCGCUAAUUUCAAAAACAAAACAUUACACAAAAUCAUUUAUACAUAUAGAGAAAAUAAAAAUAAUAUAUGUUUGAUUAAA